GCAUUACUAAGUAAAUACUUGAGACAAUUAAGUAGAACUAAACUCUCAAUCUCUUUCUCUGUUCUAUUCGCUUCUUGUCUUUGGAAGUAACUGAUCAGUAUGACUUGGUCAUCAUCUAAAUUAGGGUUCUAUUUCGUUAUAAGCUGCCUGUUUGUUGGCAUAGCUUCCUCUCAGUUGUCUUCUACAUUUUACUCAACUUCCUGCCCUAAUGCACUUUCUAUCAUCAACUCUGCUGUGACCUCGGCUAUUAACAGCGAGGCUCGCAUGGGAGCCUCGUUGCUUCGCCUUCAUUUCCAUGACUGUUGGGUUAAUGGGUGUGAUGCGUCGCUUUUACUGGACGACACGGCGAACUUCACAGGAGAGAAAACAGCAGCUACCAACUCAGGAUCCGUAAGAGGGUUCGAUGUUGUGGAUACGAUUAAAACCAACCUGGAAAGUGCAUGCGCCGGAAUUGUUUCCUGUGCUGAUAUCUUAGCUGUAGCAGCUCGGGACUCCGUUGUUGCGCUUGGGGGAACUAGUUGGACAGUGCAGUUGGGUCGAAGAGACUCCACCAGCGCAAGUCUCAGUGCGGUGAACCUUCCCGGGCCUGGUUCCAGUCUCAGUAAUCUCAUUUCUUCCUUCUCCAAUAAAGGUUUUACUACCAAAGAAAUGGUGGCUCUUUCAGGAAGCCACUCGAUAGGUCAAGCCAGGUGCCAGAAUUUCAGAAACCGAAUAUACAAUGAAGCAAACAUCAACGCCUCCUACGCCACAACUUUGAAAGCAAACUGUCCAAGGAGUGGGGGAAACAACAAUCUAGCUGCUCUCGACGCUGGAAGUGGAACAUCAUUCGACAGCUCUUACUUCACCAAUUUAAUAAGCCAGAAGGGUCUGCUCCAUUCGGAUCAGGUGCUCUUCAAUAACGGCUCUACGGAUGCUCAAGUCAGGUCUUACAGUACAGACCAAGCCACAUUCUUGUCCGACUUCGCGAACGCGAUGAUCAAGAUGGGAAACCUUAGCCCGCUCACCGGCUCCAGUGGUCAGAUCAGAAAAAACUGCAGGAAAACGAACUAGACUUGUAAUAUAUAUGUAACCACCUGUGUGUUUCAUCACAGUUGAGUCUUUCGAAUUCUGUUUUCACUGAAUAAUUAAGGUGGUUGACCACUUGUGUGGUUUCAGCGUUCAACUGUUAAAAUGAUCUCCAUAUUACCACCCUUCGUGUGUACUGUAGUCUGUAGUUUUCAUCAUCAAUGCUCUUCAUGUUAUGUGGAAUGAGAAAAUGUAUUUAGCUUUUUUUGUCUUUUACUUAA